AUGUACGACCUGUUUCGGGAAUCAGCACUUGGCCAAGCCAUCCGGCUUAUGUCCGGCAACAGAUGGCUGCUGUAUCCAGAAGAGAGAUCGGACUUUUUCGAGGACAUGGCAAGGCUGCGUUCAGUGGCUAGCAUCCAAAGCGGUCCAUAUAUCGACCACGGAAGAUUCGACCCCGAACAGCAGAUCGAGUUGAACGAAACAAAGAGUGUACCAAUUGUGCCACAAAAGACGAAUGACGGGAUCAUUUUAGUUGAUUGGUAUACGACUGACGACCAAGAGAACCCUCGCAACUGGUCAUCGUUGAAGCGAAGCUAUAUCGUCUUUGUCAUCUGCCUGUAUACGUGGGCAUCUGAGCUUGGACUUGCUCUAUAUGUGCUGGCGUACGGAGUAGGGCCGCUCAUCUUUGGCCGUCUCACAGAGAUCCCCGUUAUCGGAAGGAAUCCCGUCUACUACCUCACGUUCCUCGUCUUUUUUGCCUUGUCAUUUCCUGCAGCUACCAUAAACAGCUUCGGCGGCCUCUUGGCUAUCCGGUUCUUUGCCGGCUUCUUUGGUAGCGUUGGAAUUGCCAUUGGUGGCGCUUCUAUUGGCGAUGUCUUCGCCCUCAUCUACUUCCCCUAUGGCCUUGGCUGGUGGGUGUUGUCGUUUUGGGCGGGCCCUGCUAUUGGACCGACGUUUGCUGGGUUUGCAGCCAUGGCAGAGGGCUGGAGAUGGCCUCUUUGGGAGGUCCUCUGGAUCUGCGGAGUCAUGGCCAUCUUCCUGCUGGCUCUGACACCCGAAACGUCAACGCCAAAUAUCCUGCUGAGGCGUGCCAAGCGCCUUCGAAAGCUCACUGGCAAUGCGCGUCUCCAGUCACAGAGCGAGAUUGACCAAAAGCACAUGACGGGCACUGAUGUGCUCAUUGCUGCCCUGCUCAGACCCUUUGAGAUCACCAUCAAAGACCCCUCUAUCUUCUUCGUUUUCCCUCUCGUGUUCCCGCCAUUCUACGGCUUCAACCUUGGCCAAACCGGACUUGCGUUUCUAGCCUGCGAGGUUGGCUCUAUCCUGGCGCUCAUCCUCUACUUUGCCUACCUUUACUUCUACAGGAUCCCAGACAACCUCAAGAAUGGAUUCAGAGAGCAAGAGCACCGCUUGUUGCCUGCAAUCUUUGGUUCCUUUGUUCUCCCUGUUGGGCUGUUCAUUUUUGCCUGGACUGCACGCGCCAGCAUUCACUGGAUUGUUCCGCUGUUUGGCGUGACCAUCUUUGUUCUUGGCCAAUACAUGGUUAUUCAGGGCCUCUUCAUAUAUGUGCCGGUUUCGUACCCUCAGUACGCGGCCUCGAUUUUUACGGGCAAUGACUUGAUCCGAUCGGCUGUUGUGUUUGGGUGUAUCCUUGCGGCGAGGCCAAUGUUUAUCAACCUGGGUGUUCACAAGGGCGUUACUGUUCUUGCUGGGCUGAGCAUCAUGGGGAUUAUUGGAACGUUGCUCAUGUACAAGUAUGGUAAGACGUUACGUGCCAAGUCGAAGUUUGCGCAAGCUUAG